CAUGGUGAAUGAAUAUUGUAUCGUGAUGUAUCGAUAAAACCCAAAUUUGGCAAACGAGAAAAUCCAGUUUACAGGUCUGUGGAAACAGCUGUGGUCGUUUGAAGCUGAUAUUUCCGAGGGGCUGUGAAGGCGGGGCACUUUCACUGCGCUGACCUCUGACAGGCGCUCAUGGAUCCGCUCCCUCCAUUCACAAACACGGAAGCAGCAUGGCGUCCAACGGCAGCGGCGGCGGCGGCUCCGACAGGCAGCGGGUCGCGCAGCAGAGACUGAGGAUCAUCGCCGGGCAUUUACGGAGGCCGGCGGACGACGACUCGGCCGUCCGAGCCGCGGAGUGCAAAGCCCCGCAGAGCGAGUCAGACGCCUCUGGUGAGGGGAGGACGGUGCCCCGGAGAAGGCAGGAGAUUAUGAAAUGGAAUGGCUGGGGAUAUAGCGAUACAAGAUUCCUCUUCAAUAAGAAAGGUCAAGCAGAAUUUACUGGCAAAAGGUAUAGGCUAAGUGGAAUGAUCCUUCCUGGUCUGCAAGAUUGGUUUGAAAACACAUUUGGAGCCAGUGUGCAGCAUAAAUCCCCUGCAACACCCAUUCUGAAUAGCAGUGCUGUGCCGCCUCCCACUCUUAAUGAGGCCUUCGUCGAAGAGCUGAAAUCCACAGGUGUUCCCUUCUCUCACGAUGCAGAGGAUAGAGUGUUUCGUGCUUAUGGCCAUUGCCUACACGAGAUCUUUCCCCUUCGAGAAGGGAAAAUUGGUCGAGUUCCAGAUACGGUGGUAUGGCCAAACUGUCACAAUGAUGUAGUGAAAAUUGUGGAACUGGCGUGCAAACAUAAUGUUUGUUUGAUACCAUUUGGAGGAGGGACGAGUGUCUCUAGCGCUCUAGAGUGCCCCCCUGAGGAAACUCGCUCCAUUGUUUCUCUGGAUACCUCACAGAUGAACCGCAUUCUGUGGAUUGAUGAGAAGAAUUUAACUGCCCAUGUGGAAGCUGGCAUCGUCGGUCAGGAUCUGGAGAGACUACUUAAUGAGAGUGGCUAUUGUACAGGGCACGAGCCUGACUCCAUGGAGUUCAGCUCCUUGGGGGGUUGGGUCGCAACCAGAGCGUCAGGCAUGAAGAAGAACAUCUACGGCAACAUCGAGGACCUGGUCGUCCACAUAAAGAUGGUGACCCCUCAAGGUGUAAUUGAAAAGAGUUGUCAGGGCCCACGCAUGUCCACAGGCCCAGAUAUUCACCACUUCAUCCUGGGCUCAGAAGGAACCCUGGGUGUGGUCACUGAGGUAACGAUGAAGAUUCGUCCCAUGCCAGAGUAUCAGAAAUAUGGCUCUGUUGUUUUCCCAAAUUUUGAGCAGGGGGUUGCCUGUCUCCGAGAGAUCGCCAGACAGAGGUGUGCUCCAGCAUCUAUACGACUCAUGGAUAAUGAACAAUUUAAGUUUGGUCACGCCCUGAAGCCUCAAGUGUCUUCCAUUUUCACAUCUUUUUUGGACGGCUUGAAGAAAUUUUACAUCACCAAGUUCAAAGGGUUCGACCCCAACCGCUUGUGUGUGGCCACCCUGCUGUUUGAGGGAGACCGUGAGAAGGUCCUGCAGCAUGAGAAGCAAGUUUAUGACAUUGCUGCAAAAUUUGGGGGCCUGGCAGCUGGAGAGGACAAUGGUCAAAGGGGUUACAUGCUGACCUUCGUCAUCGCUUACCUCCGGGACUUGGGGAUGGACUACUAUGUGAUUGCGGAGUCCUUUGAAACCUCUGUGCCUUGGGACAGGGUGUUGGACGUUUGCCGGAAUGUAAAGGCACGCGUUGUUCAAGAGUGUAAAGAGAAAGGAGUGCAGUUUUCACCAUUAUCCACAUGCAGGGUGACUCAGACAUACGACGCUGGUGCCUGUAUCUACUUUUACUUUGCCUUCAACUACAGAGGACUCAGUGAUCCAGUACAUGUAUUCGAACAAGUGGAGCAUGCAGCUAGAGAAGAAAUCCUUGCCAAUGGAGGAAGUUUGUCACAUCACCAUGGAGUGGGGAAACUUCGGAAGCAGUGGAUGAGAGAGACCGUCUCCAAUGUCGGCAUCGGAAUGCUCAAGUCCGUCAAGGAUUACCUGGACCCCAAAAACAUAUUUGGCAACAGGAACCUCUAUUGAGUCCCCGCUCCUGUCCAUCUGUAUCUCACCUUUUUCUAAAAGAAAAGCAUCAUGUGUGUUUUGGAUUAAUCAAAAACAAUGUGAAUUUAAAAUUGACAGUGCCAUUCAUUGAUUCACCCAAACCUUUUUCUUUGGCUUUACAUUGCACUAAUUAUGCUGUAACAAUCAUCGUCGUUCAUGUUGAAGCUCAUGUUGCAGUUGUGUCGUGUCCUCAGCUCGUCAGAGCGACGGACUCGAUGCAUCACGACAUCCUGUAACAAAACCUUGAUAUUUGUUUUUGUUAAACAUUUUCCUCCAUAUCCUUGCCAAUAUAGUUGACCAUUUAAUUUGUUUUUAUUUUCCUCUUUGUGUGUGUGUGUGUGUGUGUGUGUGUGUGUGUGUGUGUGUGUGUGUGUGU